AUGUUGACGCAUUUUCUAACCUCUCCAUGUAACAUAUCCAGCGUAAUGCCUGUUUUAUUUUGUCCCCUCUGUCACUCUUUAUUGAUGAUCGAAGAGUCGGCUCAUUGCUAUUCGCUGAACUGUUCUGCUCCCUUAUGUUCUUACAGAUGGUUUGUCACUCAGCCACUAGUUUUAGAACAUAAGCCAAGACAGGAUGUUCGUUUACGUUUAGAGGAAGACGCCGUUUUCUCGGUUGAAGAUGAAUAUAGUUCUUCUGCUCAGACAGAUGAAAAGUGUCCUAAGUGCGGUCAUACGCGAGCGUAUUUUGUCCAAAUGCAGACACGUUCAGCUGACGAACCCAGCACAACCAAGUAUUCUUGUAUGAAAUGUCACCAUAUCUGGACUGAACAAUAA